UUUGAAAUGAGAUUGCAAGUUUCAUCGCCUUCUCAAGCUUUCUCUCGAGCCCUAGUAAAGUUGGCCGCUUGUUGUAACAUUUCGAUGUCUUGGUCCUGCAAAAAAUGCACAUUUUUGAACCCUCCGUCACAGAAGUCGUCUUGUCAAAUCUGCUUGUCGUCGUCACCUUCAUUGUCUCCACCUGCUUCUUCAUCUUCUUCGCCCCCUAAAUGGUCAUGCAAGGCCUGCACUUUCUUGAACCCGUAUAAGAAUUCUAACUGCGAAAUCUGCGAUACAAGAUGCCCUGUUUUGUCCCUAUCGAACUUCGAGGAUUUGAAUGACCCCCUUUACGAGGGCGAUUUGGAUCCUUCUGUGGGGUCUGUCUUUUUCCCUCUGCGAUCUUGCAAGAGGAAGAUCACGGAGUCAAUUCAGAUUGAUAACGAUCGCGCCGAGUCAGAAAGUUUUCGAGACUUCAAGGCGUCUAGAAAAGAGAUUAGUGCCACUGAGCAUUCAGGCAAGCCUCUCAGUUCGUUGAAGAUCCUAAGUUACAAUGUUUGGUUCCGGGAAGAUUUGGAGGUUCAUAAGAGGAUGGAAGCAAUUGGUGACCUUAUUCAACAUCAUAACCCUGAUUUAAUCUGUUUUCAGGAGGUGACUCCAAAUAUAUUCGACAUUUUCAAGGAAGCUAGCUGGUGGAAUGUAUAUCGUUGCUCAGUUUCUUUCGACAAGGCUUACUCAAGGCAAUAUUUUUGUGCGGUGUUAAGCAAACUACCUGUUAAAUCUUUCAGCACCGUGCCCUUCAGUAAUUCUAUAAUGGGAAGAGAACUUUGCAUUGCGGAGAUUGAAGCUAUGAAUGGGAAGCCAUUUGUUGUUGCUACUAGCCAUCUUGAAAGCCCCUGUCCAGCGCCGCCCAAAUGGGAUCAGAUGUACAGCAAGGAACGUGUAGAGCAGGCCCAUGAGGCUAUGACUGUUCUUUGCAAGUACCCAAAUGUUGUUUUUGGAGGGGACAUGAAUUGGGAUGACAAAAUGGAUGGUCAGUUUCCUUUACAAGAUGGGUGGAUUGAUGCAUGGUCUCAGCUGAGGGCAAAUGAAAAUGGAUGGACAUAUGACACAAAGUCCAACCAGAUGUUGGCCGGCAACCGGACUCUGCAAAAGAGAUUAGAUCGUUUUAUUUGCAGUCUUCAGGAUUUCAAGAUAAGCAGUAUUGACAUGAUUGGGAUGAAUGAAAUACCUGGUUUGUCCUAUAGCAAGGAGAAGAAAGCAAAGAAAGAGACUAAACAACUGGUGCUCCCUGUUUUACCUAGUGAUCAUUACGGCUUGAUUUUAACAAUUUCUACUAAGUAGUUAGUAAUGCUAUUUUGGUGAGACUAAGCUGUUGUUCUCAGUCUUUUGCCCAUUUCUCAAGCAUGCCUUGCAUGUAUUUUUGUGUAGACGGAAUGUAAUCUAAAGUCAGGGGUGCUUUUUUUUGUUGAAACCAAGCUGGUUUUCUGCACAGAUCACUGCUAUUAUGUAAAGAAGUAGCGUUCUUGACAUCAUACUUCUUGGACUGAACUGUAGAAAUUUCUCAAUCUUUGUGA